GCAGUCACGGCAGAGAAUACUGCCUCUUUGCAGAAGAGAGUGGUGGAGCUAGAGAGUGAAAAGAAAUCCUCGCUCCCUAGUUCCGUAGAGCUGGAGGAGCUGCAAGCUGAGAAGGAAAAACUAUCUUCUCGAAUUACUCUUCUGGAGGCUCAGAAUAGAGCAGGGGAGACUGAUGGUGCAGUCUGUGAGGUCAACACAGCUGGUGUUACUGUGGUCAGCAAGAGCAAUUCUUCUACCGAAGAAAGCAGACUAGAUGUCCUGGAGAACACAUUUUCUCCGGAACAUAAGGAACUAGCAGUUUUAAUAACAGAAAUGAAGGAAGCUCAGGAGGAAAUGGCGUUUCUUAAGUCACAGCUGCAGGGCAAGAGCCCUGAUGUGGGCCCUGAGGUCCUUGACCAGAUGGAGGUGAAGCUGACAGGGAGUGAAGGACCACCUUCCGUGACAGUGGGAGGCAUCCCCCUUGUGCCAGAUGAAGAGAGCUGCAUGCCAGGGGCUGCACAAGAGGACCAGGCAAGCACUGAAGCUCAGCAUCCGACAUCUGAGACAGGGCCUGCAAAUGACCCUGCAGUGGGAUUGACCUCCACAAAGCUGCAUGGUGUGGACAAGUCCCCCUCUGCACCAGAUACCUGUCAGUGUCACCAGGAUGAAUUGGAAAGUCUCAAAGCAAAAAUUCUGGAACUUGAGACAAGCCAUCAUAAGGCAGAAGAGAUUUAUGAGAAAACUUUAGAUGAGAAAGCUAAGGAAAUUAGCAGCCUAACCCAGCUUGUCGAAGAAUUCAAGAAGAAUACAGAGGACGCCCACAGCAUGCUCACCACCGUGUCUGAGGAAAGAGACCAGCUUCUUUCUCAGGUGGAGGUGCUUGGUGUCUUAGCUAAGAUGAGGGCUCUGGUCCGAGAAUUGGAGAGCAGCCUCACAGAGGCACAAAAGCAAAGAGAUCUGGACUAUGAAAGCCUGAAGACUCAGUACAACCUGUUCACGGAACAGAUCCACAAUCUAAACACAGAAGUAAUGUCAAAGAAUGUCAAAGUUGAAGCUUUGCAGAGGGAGCUGAACGAUGUGCAGCUGAAGUGUUCUGAGUGGGGCACACAGAUACAGAGCCUGGAAAGCCAGCUGCAGAAGAAGGAGGCUGAAGUGCUCGAGGGGGCAGAGCAUGUGAAGGAUAUCUCAAAGAAGAUGGAAGUACUUUUACAGGCUCUUUCACAGAAGGAACUGGAAAUAGCCAAAAUGGACCAACUUUUACUAGAGAAAGCGAGAGAAGUAGAGACACUCCAGCAAACCAUCCAGGAGAAGGAUCAGCAAGUGACAGAACUCAGCUACAGCAUGACAGAGAAAAUGGUUCAGCUUAAUGAAGAGAAGUUUUCUCUUGGGGUUGAAAUUAAGACCCUGAAGGAGCAGCUCAAUUUGUUGUCCAGAGCUGAAGAAGCAAAGGAGCUUGUUUCAAGUCCUAGUCAGGAUGUGUCAGGCCCAGCGGGCCUGAGUAAAGAGGAGCUUCAGCAGGAGCUGGAGCUGCUGAAGAAGGAAAGUGAGCAGAGGAAGAGGAAGCUCCAGGCCGCACUUAUUCACCGAAAGGCACUUCUAAAGAAAGUCAGUACACUGGAGGAGGAGUUAGCCAAGGUGAGAGAGGAAUCUAGCCAAGAGAUGGCACUCGGGGUUAGUGAGAGGAGAAAGCUGGAGGAAGAUAGCAAGAACAAAGGUGAACCAGAAAAAGGUGGAACUUCUAAGUGUGGAGAACUAGAAGUUUCUUUAAAAGAGACGAUAUCCAAGAAAGGAGUAGAACUGGAGCGUGUAAGGAGAGAUUUGAAAGACAAGACAGCAGCAGCCGAAGAAUUACAGGCUGUGGUCCAACAGAUGAGUCAGGACUUGCAAGAUAAGUCAAAGCAAAUAGAUUUGCUUCAAGCAGAGAUUACUGCACAUCAAGCAACUAUUCAGAAAUUGACCAUGGGAGCCACGGAUGCUGGGGAUGGAGACUCGGCAGCAUCUCUAAAAGAGACGGUGGUGAGCAGCCCGCCCAGUGCAGGUGAUGGGGAGCACUGGAAGCCAGAACUAGAGGGGAAGAAAGCAGAACUUGAAGAUGAAAAGGAACAACUUGAAAAGAAGCUUCGAAAAGUCUUAACUUCCCAUAAGGCAAUUCUGAAAAAGGCACAAGAGAGAGAGAGACUUUCAGAGGAAAAGCUCGGGAAACAGAAGGAUGCUUACAGUCACCUUCAGGAGCAGUUUAAUGAUCAGAGUAAGGAAAAGGAGACCAUUGGGGGCCAGCUAAGGCAGCUCCAGAUCGAAGUGAGGGAGUCUGUGGACAGAAAGCUCCCAGGCACUGACCAGUGGGAACCCGGUCUUCCCACUCAAGGUUUAAAAGAGGUUUCACUCGAAGACACAGAACAGCAGCCCACCCAGCCUGCUGCAGAGUCUGACGUACACACAAGUCAGCCUUCUUACCCUGGAGAUGCAGAAGCUCUCCAGGCUACCGUUGCCCAGAUGAAGGCCCAUUUAAAAGAGGUGGAGGUCGAGAAAGAAGAGCUGGAAUUGAAAGUAAGUUCCACAGCAAGUGAGCUGACCAAAAAGUCAGAAGAAGUACUUCUGUUACAAGAGCAGAUAAGUAAGCAAAAUGUAGAAAUCCAGAAUUUGAAAGCAGAAUCCCAUGAAGUCGAGGCCCACGCAGAGAGCCUGCAGCAGGAAUUGGAAAGGAGCCAAGUACAACUUGCUGGCCUGGAACAUCUGAAAACAUUACAGCCUGAACUCGAUGAACUGCAAAAGCACAUGUGCCAGAAGCAAGAAGAAGUCAGCUACCUUUCUGGACAGCUUGGUGAGAAAGACCAGACCCUCAGCAAAGUCCAGGCCGAGAUGGUGGAGCAGGAGCAUUUAAUCAAGGCUCUGCACACACAGCUGGAAAUGCAAGCCAAGGAGCACGGAGAGAGACUGAAGCAGUUCCAGAUGGAGCUGUGUGAGCUGAAGCAGAAGGCAGAGGAAGCUGCGGAGGAGACCAAAGCCAAGCAACAGAUACAGAAAAAACUGCAGGCUGCUCUCAUCUCCCGCAAGGAAGCUCUAAAGGAAAACAAGCAUCUGAAAGAGGAAUUGUUUUCAGUCACAGAUGCCAUGGACCACCUGAUCAAGUCUCUGGCGGCUGUGGAAAGCCAGGUUUCCAUACAAAAGGAAGAGAAAGAUGCAUUCCUAGGAAAGUUAGCCCUUCUUCAGGAAGAAAGAGACAAGCUCAUUGUAGAGAUGGACAGGCACUUCCUCGAAAAUCAGAGCCUUAGUGGCUCUUGUGAAAGCCUGAAACUAGCUCUGGAGGGUCUUACUGAAGACAAGGAAGCGCUGAUGAAGGAGCUGGAGAGUGUGAAAUGUUCAAGUACUGCAGAGAGCAUCGAAUGGCAGGCGAAGCACAAGGAGCUGCAGAAUGAGUAUGAAGUUCUUCUGCAGUCCUACGAGAAUGUGAGCAACGAGGCCGAGAGGAUUCGACACGUGCUGGAAGGCGUACGGCAAGAGAAGCAGGAGAUGUAUGGAAAGCUGCGAAGCCUGGAGACAGACAAGAGGGAGACGGAGAAGCAGCUGCAAGAUGCAGAACAAGAGAUGGCAGAAAUGAGAGAAAAGAUGAGAAAGUUUGCUAAGUCUAAACAACAGAAGAUCCUUGAGCUGGAGGAAGAAAAGGAGCGGCUCAGAGCCGAGGCCCAGCCUGUAGGGAGUGCCAAAGAAAGCAUGGAAGCUCUUCUGUCUUCCAACUCCAGCCUGAAGGAGUCACUGGAAAAGGUCACGUUGGAGUACAAAACCCUUUCUAAGGAGUUUGAGGCUUUAAUGGCAGAGAGAGACAUUUUGAGUGCAGAGAUGCGAGAUCUGAAGCAUCAGGUAGAAGACAGUGUACUGAAACAAGCUAGCCUGGAGGUCACUGAGAAAUCAGAUGAACCAAAGGAUGUCACUGAAGAGGUCACGCAAGCUAUGGUGGGCGAGUCUCAAGAGCAAGAUUGUCAGAGUGUGGGUGUUCAGCUUGACGAUUCGGAAGGUAUUCUGUCAGUGAACAACGCCAAUCCUGGCAUUAGUGAGACUUUCAGCUCCCAGGAUGACAUCAGUAACUACCUCCAGCAGCUUGAUCAGCUUAAGGGAAGAAUUGCUGAGUUAGAGGUGGAGAAACAGAGCGACAGGGAGCUUAACCUGACACUAGAAAAUGAGAAAAAUGCCCUCCUGAAUCAAAUAUCGGCAAAGGAUGGUGAAUUAAAACUACUUGAAGAAGAAGUCGCCAAAAUAAACACAUUAAAUCAGCAAAUUCAAGAAGAACUUUCCAGAGUUACCAAGCUGAAAGAGAUGGCAGAGGAAGAAAAAGAUGACUUAGAAGAGAGGCUUAUGAAUCAGCUGGCAGAACUUAAUGGGAGCAUUGGGAAUUACUAUCAGGAUGUUACAGAUGCCCACAUUAAAAACAAGCAACUAGAAUCCGAAAUGCAGAACCUUAAAAAGUGCAUGAGUGACUUAGAGGAAGAAAAACAGCAGCUGGUCAAGGAACAAAGGAAGGUGGAGUCAGAAAUAGGAAAGGAGUACUUAGAGAAGAUACAAGGGGCCCAGAAAGAACCUGGCAAUAAGAGCCAUGCAAAGGAGCUCCAGGAGCUGUUGAAAGAAAAGCAGCAUGAGGUCAAGCAGCUGCAGAGGGACUGCAUCUGGUACCAGGAGAGGAUCAGUGCUCUAGAGAAGACAGUUAAGGCUCUGGAGUUUGUUCAGACAGAAUCCCAAAAGGAUUUGGAUGCGACCAAAGGAAAUCUGGCACAAGCCCUUGAGCACCACAAACAGGCACAAGGAGAAUUAUCUGACAUCAAAGUACUGCUCGAUGACACACAGAGCGAAGCCGCGAGAGUGCUAGCGGACAACCUCAAAUUGAAAAGGGAACUUCAGUCCAACAAAGAAGCCAUGAAAAGCCAGAUGAAGCAGAAAGAUGACGAUCUGGUGCGAAGACUGGAGCAGGCAGAGGAAAACCACCUGAAAGAGAAAAAGAACAUGCAGGAAAAACUGGAUGCUUUGCAGGGGGAGAAGGCCCACAUGGAAGAGAUGCUUGCAGAGAUGCAGGUCACACUGUCUAGGAAAGACCAGGACAUGCAGCAGCUGCAGGAAGGCCUGGACAGCACAGUGGCCCAGCUCGCAGCCUUUACUAAGGGCAUGUCAUCCCUCCAGGAUGAUCGUGAUAGGGUGAUCGAUGAAGCCAAGAAAUGGGAGCGGAAAUUUGACGACGCCAUUCAAAUCAAAGAAGAAGAGAUCAGACUCAAAGAGGAAAACUGCAUUACUCUAAAGGACCAGCUUCGACAAAUGACCAUCCAUACAGAAGAACUGAAGAUCAGUAUCUCCAGGCUUGAACAUGACAAGGAAAUUUGGGAGUCCAAGGCCCAGACAGAGCUCCAGGAUCAACAGAAAUUUUGUGAGACCCUGCAAGGGGAAAACAAAAGGCUUGUGUCCCAGUUAGAAGAGACUCAACAGCUAUACCACAAUUCUUUGAAUGAGUUAGCUAAGCUGGAGUCGGAACUGAAGAACCUCAAAGACCAGUCAACUGACUUAAAUAACUCCCUAGAAAAAUGUAGACAACAUAAAGACAAUUUGGAAGGGAUCAUAAAGCAGCAAGAAGCUGAUAUCCAGAAUUGUAAAGUCAGUCAUGAAAAACUCGAGACUGAUCUAAAGGCCUCCAGAGAGCUGACCGGAAGGUUGCAUGAUGAAAUCAACACUAAGGAGCAGAAGAUUAUAAGCCUGCUUUCUGGCAAGGAUGAGGCUAUCCAAGUAGCAGUUUGC